UCUGGCUCACAAGCUCGCAGUUGUUUCAUCAAGAAGAGAAGGCCUCCAUGGACACAGUCGUGGUCCUGGUGCUGAGUCUCUCCUGCCUGCUUCUCCUUUCACUCUGGAGACAGGGCUCUGGGAAGGGGAGGCUCCCUCCUGGCCCCGCUCCUCUCCCCAUUAUUGGAAAUUUCCUGCAAAUAGAUGUUAAAGACAUCAGCAACUCCUUAGCCAAUUUCUCCAAAGUCUAUGGCCCCGUGUUCACUCUAUAUUUUGGGAUGAAGCCCACUGUGGUGAUUCAUGGAUAUGAAGCUGUGAAGGAAGCCCUGAUUGAUUAUGGUGAGGAGUUUUCUGGAAGAGAUAAAUUUCCAGUGGUGGAUCAGUUUAAUAAACGACAUGGAAUCAUUUUCAGUGAUGGAAAGAGAUGGAAAGAUAUGAGGCGUUUCUCACUCAUGACCCUGAGGAAUUUUGGGAUGGGGAAGAGGAGCAUUGAGGACAGAGUUCAAGAGGAAGCCCGCUGCCUUGUGGAGGAACUGAGGAAAACCAAUGGCUUACCCUGUGAUCCCACCUUCAUCCUGGGCUGUGCUCCCUGCAAUUUGAUCUGUUCCAUUAUUUUCCAAAAUCGGUUUGAUUAUAAAGACCAGAAUUUUCUUAAGUUGAUGAAAAAAUUAAAUGAAAACCUCAAGCUUUUGAGCUCUCCGUGGACUCAGGUCUACAAUACAUUUCAUACUUUCAUUGAUUAUCUACCGGGAAGUCAUAAAACAAUUCUUGAAAAUGCGAACUAUGUUAUAAAUUUUAUUAUGGAGAAAGUGAGAGAACACGAAAAGACACUGGAUGUGAACAACCCUCGGGACUUUAUUGACUGUUUCCUGAUGAAUAUGGAGCAGGAAAAGCACAACAAACAGUCAGAAUUUACUUAUGAAAACUUGGUAACCUGUGCUACUGAUCUGUUUGCUGCUGGCACAGAGACAACCAGCAUGACCCUGAGGUACUCUCUGCUGCUCCUGGUGAAGCACCCUCACGUGGCAGGUAGGACCACAUGUGAGAAUUACAUGAAUUCCAGAAGGAUAGUGAGAAGAUACUACUAG